AAGUAGCUUCUCUCCGACCAGGCUAGCAGCUGUCAACCUCAGCGCCCCUGAAACGUGCUGGGUCUGUAGAGUCCAUGUUCCUGGCUCGCUCCUUGGUCAACAUGUCGAGUCACAAUCCUCUGUUGAAGCUGGAGCAGCGAGCAGCUGAGGCCGACCAGAUCAUCGAGUACCUCAAACAGCAAGUCCAGUUCCUGAAGGAGAAAACAAUCGCCCAGGCCAGUGUCAGGGAAGAGAAGAAACUGAUGGUGGAGAAUGCGAAACUGAAGAAUGACAUCCAGGCGCUGAAAAAACAGUUGCUGGAAAAAGAGAAGAGGAGAGGGGUGCUAGACGUGGCUAUGACAUCAGAUGAACCCACAGUGGAGUGCAGUUCGAAGCCCACCCCUCCCAAACCCUCUGCUCCCGUACCCUCGGCCUCGCCUGCUGCUGCUCAGAGCCCCUCUCCCAAAGACGAGGGUAAAAAGAAGAAGCCAGAGAAAAAAGGCGGGGAGAAAGCUGAGAAAAAGCAGGCAGCUCCGAGCCAAGAGGACGCCAAGGUGGACGUGUCUCGACUGGACCUGCGUAUUGGGCGUAUAGUGGAGGCGCAGAAGCAUCCAGAUGCUGACAGUCUCUACGUGGAGCAGGUUGAUGUGGGAGAGGCAUCACCCAGAACAGUGGUCAGCGGCCUGGUCAAGCACAUACCCCUGGACCAGAUGCAAAACCGCAUGGCAGUCCUGCUCUGUAACCUGAAGCCAGCCAAGAUGAGGGGAGUGGUGUCCCAGGCGAUGGUCAUGUGCGCCAGCUCGCCAGACAAGGUUGAAAUCCUUGAUCCUCCGAGUGGAGCAGCACCAGGGGACAGAGUGACUUUCCAGGGCUUCCCAGGUGAACCGGACAAAGAGCUGAACCCUAAAAAGAAGGUGUGGGAGCAGGUUCAGCCAGACCUAAAAACAGACGGCCAGUGUGUUGCAACCUACAAAGGAGCUGCCUUUGAAGUCGCUGGCAAGGGAGUGUGCAAAGCCCAAACCAUGAGCAACAGUGGAAUAAAAUAAAAUAACAGAGCUGCCUGAAAUAACUCCGUAUUUACUUGGCAAUCAUGGUCAGCGAUGGCGAUGAUGGUGAUGAAUGGAAGUAAAUGCUUUGAAGAUGUUCAAUAAAGGGAUUUAAGCAGA